AUGAGUAAGAACUAUUACGAAAUACUUGAACUAGCAAGAUCAGCUUCUCAUGAGCACAUUGCUUAGGCUUUCCGAAGACUCGCUCUCAAGUAUCAUCCAUUAAAGAACCCAACUGAUUUGGCUACUAAUUCGUCGAGAUUCUCUGAAAUUUGUGAAGCCUAUGAUGUUUUAUCUCAUCAGGAGAGAAAGGCUUGGUAUGACAAGUUUGGUGAAUAUGGUUUGAAGGAAGGCAUCCCAAAUGCUUCGGGAUAGAUUGUUGGAGGUUAUAGAUUUGCUGGAAACUCAUAUGAAAUCUUUGAUAAAUUCUUUGGAACCUCAAACCCAUUCAGUGAUGUACUUGAAGAUGACGGAAGGGAUUAAUAUGGAUCAAUGUUUGGAGAUGCCUUUGGAGGCUAAAAUUAACCAUCUUUCCCAGCUCCAUCUGACAUCGUAAUCACACUUGAGUGCACUCUAUAUGAAUUUUACAACGGUUGUUUGAAGAAGGUUGACUUUGACAGAGAAGUGCUCUCUCAUGAUGGUAGAACCACCAGACCAUAAAAGGAGGAGAUGAACAUUGAAGUAAAGCCUGGCUUCUCAGAAAGUACAGUACUCGAGUUCCCAUCAAAAGGAAAUGAAGCUCACGCUCACAGACCAAGCAAACUAGUUAUUAGAUUCAGAUAAACUCCACAUGACUAUUAUCACAGAGAAGGGGAUGAUCUUAUUUAUACCUAGAGAAUCUCACUUGAAAAUGCUCUCUUAUCAGAGCCUGUUUCAUUGAAAGCCUUAGAUGGUAGAACACUUGUGGUGACACUAGAUGAGAUCAUCACUCCAUAAACCUCAAAGCUAGUCGAGGGAGAAGGAAUGCCAAUUUAAACAGAUGGCUCAAUUAAUAUCCUUGAUCACCUUAAGACUGUAUCUCAACUCCCCAAAGGAAAUCUUCAAAUUAGAUUUGACAUCCAGUUCCCUAAAAAGCUUUCAAAUCAUCAUAAGCAAACUAUUGUGGAUGCACUUAGACAAAACGAAGAGGAAAAUGAAUGA